AUGCGAUGGCUCAUCAAAUUGCAACGCUGGCAGAGGAAGAGGGCUGGAGGCGUUUAUCAUGGGGAUUUGUAUCGAAUUUCGAAGAAAGAUAGGCUGAAGAGGAUCCCGAAUGAUGUGCUGGAAAGGAAGCAGAGGUUGCCUGAAGGUAAGGGGAAGUGCAAAAUUGAUAAUACAGAGAAACAUUUGUACAAUAAAUGGCCUUUCUACAACGAAUGGCAAAUUUUCAAAAAAUUGUUUGUCAUAAAGAGUUUUUGUUGUACGGGUUCGUUUUGGCCUAAAACUGACUGCUGUGGCUUGUAAAUGGGUUCAUUAUAGAGCGGUAUUGCGAUACGGAGCUUUAUUUUGGCCUAAACUUGACUCCCGUGGCCUGUGAAAAAGUUUGUUUGACAGGUUUUUAUUUUGCCUAACCUUUUUCUGUGGCGUAAAAAGUGUUUGUUAUAGUGUUUGUUAUAGACAUGGUUUGAUUUGCGGACGUUGAUUUUGGCCUAAAUUUGACCCUCGUGACCUGUGAAAAAGUUUGUUAUAGACAGGUCACAAUCAAACCUCCAUACAACGAAUCGCAAGGCACAAAAAAAUUGUUGGUUGCAGAGAGACUUAUAGAGGCUUCUUUUUCUUAAAAAUGGGCUUUUUAGAUCCCUGAAAUUGUUUGUUCUAGACAGUUUUUGUUAUUUGACAAUUUAUUGUACAGAACUUUUAUUUUAUUAUUACUUAGGGCCAAACACAAAUCGUGCUGGCGAUUGUGUCUUCUUCAACGGCUCCUGUCGAGAUGGUUGCUAUUUGGCGCUGGGCUUUGCGCAACGGCCGGGAGCCAUUGCCAACAUCUUUUUUGUGCUUCAUAUCCCCGGAAAGGGGACUUUCGUCAAUGAGGACUUGCUGUCGACUUCGAACCUGAAAGUAAGCUAAAUUUUUAUAACAAUUUUUAAAAAUUUUAUUCCGUAUACAUAUAUACAAAUUAUACAGUAGUAUUUUCAUAGUGGUGUCUGUUGUACUGAGAUUUCAUUAACAUGGCUAAAUUAAUUGCAUUUUAGACGAUCCCCAACGACCACGAAUACGUCAGCGAAUCAGGCUUCAAGAUAUCCUGUCUGCGGCCGAUGGAAAUGUGGAGAAUCGAGUUCAACGGGAGCUUGGUCAACACAAAAUACCUUAAACAGGAUUUGACAAAGCCUGGGGAAGGGAAAAAGCCGCAGGAUUACGAGGCGAUUGAUACCAAAUUUGAGUUGGAUUGGACCGCGAAAGGUAGAGUAACAAACAAUUUUAUUAAGAGUUCUUUGGCGGUUUAGCUCUGUAAAACUAACGUAAAACAUGAAAAAAUUUGCAGGAGACCACUUUGACUUCGACACCGAUAUCUCCGUCGAUCUGAUCAGUCGUUCGCUGGCAAUUGAGCCUUGGAGCCGGACCGCCUUUAAGAACCUUCAAUCCCGCCACAACAUUCAUUACGAGCAGUUCGGAAGCCUACGUGGCUCCGUCUUCUUAAAUGGCGACGAAAGAGUUCUGAGUUUGGUGGGCCUCCGAGACCACACAGUAGCGCCGUAUCGAAAUUGGAGCGAGAUUCGCCGAUAUGUGAUGAUUAUGUUUGCGCUGGAGGAUGGGACGUGCGUGAAUACGAGCUGUAUCAGUAUGCCCGAGCAAGUGUUUUCGCAUCUUCAGUUUGGCUAUGUGAUCCAUCCGUAAGCGUUUUUAAUGGCUAUACUUUUCUUGACACACGUAUAUAAGCAACUCAAUACAGUCGCUCGGAAGGUGGAAGGGUAUCAACUGCCCACGGCGGGGUUGAAGGGAAAUCGAUUUUUUACAUGGUAGGUUUGCAACAAAUAACUCCAGGGGUCCCAAAAGUCGAUUUUAGUCCAAAACGAAGUUGUAUGCAGCAAAACCCUCCCAUAACGAACUUUCUUUUUUAGUUCCUGACACGCUCGCUCUGCAAAGAUUUGACUGUAAUUACACGCUUUUUUAAAGUAUUUUUUUUUUCCAUGCAACUACCACUCCUUUCAGCGACGGCUCCAAGACCGUGAUCAACAAGCUGAAUCUUCAUUUGGCUUACAUUGGAGAGAAUAAACAGUUCCCCGAUGAAUUCCAUUACACUUUUGAAACCGAUGACCAUUACAAACUGCAAGUGGUGAGUAGAAUUCUUCUUGGAUCUAUAGAGCCUCAAUUUCUUGCUUUUUGCACCGCGAAAUAGGCUUUUUUGGGUUGUCGCUCGCACCCUUACUUUUUCUGCACAAUUCAAGUGCCAAAAAUCACUCCAGCGACUUUAAGAACGCACUUUUAAAAUUUCCCCCGGAGAAAUUUACUUCCUCUUCAAUCUGACGCUGUCUAUCUUCAGGUGAACGUUGUGGUGAAAGAGCGAGUCGCCUUCAAAAUGGGACUGGACUUGAACAAUUACCUCGAGGAGCUUUUGUGCGAGUUCAGUCUGAACGGCGUGAAGGGAACGGGGUUCUGCGAAAUCAACUAUCGGAUUAGCCCAUACUGA